GACAUACACCAAAUUUUUAUUUUCUUAUUGGACUCUAUUGGAUAUCUUUGCUAGAAAAUCCAAAUUCAACGGAACAAAUAUAAGAAUAAAUCAGAAAAUAUUAAAAAAUAAUUAUAAAAGUAGUGCACAGACGUUUUCCAUCCGCAAAAAGACCGUAUUGAGCAAAAUGAAUAUAAAUUUACCAAAUUUCAAUGUAAAAAAUCUGGUGAAGGAGGCGGGAAGUACUCUGUCCAGAGUGGUGCAGCUAACGGAAGAAAAACUCGGCACUACAGAGCGCACCGAGUACGAUAAUGAAUUCCAGAAUUUAGCUGAACGCGCCGAUAUAACCAAAACGUGGACAGAGAAAAUAGUACGUGAUACCGAGACAGUAUUAAUACCCAAUCCACAAAAUCGCAUAGAAGAUUUUAUUUUUGAAAAAAUCGAAAAAACUAAACCACAACGACUGAGCAACUUGGAGCAUUUGGCUUUAGGUAUGAUAGAGGCCGGUGGAGAUUUCGGUCAAGAUUUACCAUACGGUCAAGCUUUAAUAAAAGUUGGUCAAGCCGAACAGAAACUGGGACAAUGCGAACGAGAUUUUAUUGCAUCCUCCGGCAUAUGUUUCACUCAACCUUUGCGUAAAUUCUUAGAGGGUGAAAUGAAAACAAUAACGAAGGAGCGCGGUAUAUUAGAAACCAAACGACUUGAUUUGGAUGCUUGCAAAAAUCGGGUUAAGAAAGCUAGAAGCAUGUUAGGACAACAGGCGAAAGAUGGUGUCUCCCCAGAGGCAGUACUUGAGCAGGCCGAACGUGACUUGCGUGUCGCACAGGCGGAAUUCGAUCGUCAGUCAGAGAUUACCAAAGUAUUACUUGAGGGCAUCAGCACUUCACAGGCAUCUCAUUUAAGACAUUUACAUGCAUUUGUUGAAACACAGGUGCGUUAUUACAAGCACUGCAUGGAUGCAAUGAACAAUUUGCAACGCGAUUUGGCCAAACUACGUCCCGCAAAGCCACGACUACGCAUAAACAGCGAAGAUGUGGAUGGGCCUCCCAACACCGUAUUGCUUUCAAAUAUCCAUGCAACGCUUAACAGUAACGAAACACAUGAAGUUAAUGAAUUCAGUGAUAAUGAUGAUUUAAAUAAUUCAACAACACAAAUUUUAGAACAAUAUGAUAUUGAAUUUGAUACCAGUGCUAUAACUUCAGUAAUAUUCGUAACUGAAUGCUCACCUGUGAAUCCGGAUUACAUGUAUGGCAAGCAGGGCUUAUUGAAGGGACUGGUACCACGCGCUUUUCUCGAAAUGCUCGAUAACGAAGGAAAUGACACGUAUGCAGGCAAUAAUGAUUAUUAAGAAAACGUCUGAUAAUAGCAUUUAAAGUGCAAUAGUUCACUUAUGCAAAGCAAAAAAAAAAUGUACACCACACGUUCCAUAUGUUUAAAAAAGCAAUGUUAAGGAAAUCCACAAAUACUCAUAAAAUUUAUUUAAUUUAUACCUAUUUAUUUAGCGUUGCGUAAAAUGCAGAAUACAAGCAAAGAACUAACAACAUAGACGGUAUAUACAAAUAGCAAUGUUAAAUUGACCUAGAAAUUGCAGUACAAUAAUAUAAAAAUAAUACAAAAAAUAAAUAUAUAAAUCGAAUAACACCGCUACAAAAUGAAAAAAUUAAUAAUUUUUAAAAUGUGCAAUAAUAUGUUGCGAGCAAAAUAUGUUGUAGAAAAAUUGCUUAAAGACGGUCCAUUGUUAUCUAGAACUGUUGUAGCGGCUAAGUUUGCUAAACAAUAAAUCCAGUAGUAACGAGUGGUACAAUAAUUCGGCUAUAAUGCCUGUUGUUAUAAACUACGAACCGCACGAUAAUCACAAUUACAACAUACGUAUUAAUACACAGAGUUAAUAUUUCAUUUUUAGAAAAUUCUUCAAGUCGGCGCAGCAUUUGUAUGCAUAUAUAAAAUAAACACGAUUUAUAUUUUGAUUUUUUAGUUAUAAGUUUCAUUGUAUUGUUUUAGUUUAGUUUAUAGUGUCUUCCAGUACCAGAAAUCUUAUAAAAAACAUGCCAGUAAUUUGGUUUUAAUUGUUAUUAAAGAAUCUCCACACCUUCUUAACUAUAAUUGAAGCAUUGGUAUUUUAAAAGAAAAAAAUUAAAAGACUAUUUGUUUAUGUGAAAAAGGUUUUAUUAUAUGUAUGUAUAUUUUUAUAUGUUUUUUGUUGGAAGAAAAAAAUAAUAAUUGUGUUAAUUUUAAGUUUUUUUUUUGUUUUGUAUAAUUUUGCAACUUUGCGGAACUGUAACAAACUAAGAAUCCCCAAAAACAAAAUUAAAUUUACAGUUCUUAAAGCUACUGGCUGAUCGUCAAUUGAAAAUCCAUCAAAUUACAAAUAAAUUCAGCAAGCUAAUUUAAA